CAUUACGGCCUGAAAUGGCCGGCUACCCAGACUAUUCUUUUUCUUGUGACUAUGAUAUGUGUAAUAUAUUACACAGGCCGUAACAUAUUUUACCGCUAAAAAAUAAUACAGUAGACGUCCGUUAAUUCGAAUGCCGCUUAAUUCGAACUUUCCAUUAUUUCGAACAAAUUGCUAUGAGUUUGGUUUAAUAAAGUCUUACAUUUUGAGCUGCUUAAUUCGAACUCCGCUAAUUCGAACAAUUUUUUAGUCCCAAGGCUACAUUGUGCUCGUUAAUUCGAUAUUGUGUGUAUCGGUAAAUAAAAUCUCACGGGAAAAUAAAAAAAACGUUUUUAUUUUUAUUCAUUUUAUUGCAUCAAUGGUGGCAAAAUUUCUUUCAAUUUAUCCAUUGAAUUGACAUUUCCAAUAAAAUGAAGUUUACAAGGAAUUUGGAGGCCUUGCCCAUCGCUAAGCAAACAACGGUAAAAGAUUUUUAUAAAAAGUUGUAGUAAAGUUAAAAUAAAGUUACAUUAGCAUAAAACCUUUAAAAGUUCAUUAAAAUUCUUGUUUUUUCUGAACUUUUGAUAAUCCGAACAUUCGUUAAUUCGAACAAAUAAUUUAGUCCCUAGCGUGUUCGAAUUAACGGACGUCUACUGUACUACAAAAUAGCGAAUUCGUCAUAAAAAAAGGAAUUAUUCAUAAACAGGCCUAAAAAGUUGUAAAGCGUGUACCUUUAGAGUAGUCUUUUUAUUACUUGUUAUUCAGAAUGUACGAGGAUGGAGAGUAACCUCAAUGAUGGAGAUCCUACUUUAGCCGCUUCAUGUCCCCUUUAAAUAGAUUCUUUUACAAAUCAUUGGAAAUGCUGUGUAGUUUUUUUUAACCGCAAGCAUAUAUAAACUGUAGAAAAGAUGGAAAGGCAGAUGGUUAAAAGUGCUUUUGCUGUCUUUGGCAUAUAAAUAGUAUUCAAAGUUAUGUUAUAAUGAAGAAUAUCCGAGCGAUUUUGCUAAAAUGAAGUACGUCUUCGUUAAGUAUUUUUGAAACGUUUUAAACUUUUCAAAAAAUAAGAUUGUUUCAUUUUAAGCUAGCUAUUAUCAUCAUAAUAAAUGUGUUUGUCCCUCUACGUGUGAAGUUUUUUCCUGUCUGCAUGCCUGCCUGGCUAUUUGUGUUGCGUGUUUUAAAGGGAACAAAUAAAGCCAGCACAAUCCCUCCUCUGUCAUCCAUUCUUUUCACCUGCCAUGUUUUGUUUAGAUCCGAGGGGCAUUCAAUGGAUACGGACAUUCAAGUAAACCUUCCUGAUUCUGAAGUGCAUGAAUACAGCGAGGAAGAGUCGCAACAAAAAAAUAGCAUGAAAGAGAAGAGCGGAUGUAGAGAGAAGCAUUGGCUUGGUCAUAUUCGAAAGAAGUUGAGAUUUCUUUUACACCAUCAUUAUUUUCAAAUUAUGAUCUGCGUUUUGGUGUUGAUCGACACAGCUGUUGUCGUCACUGAAAUUAUGGUGGAAACUUCCAAUAAAGAUGGCUCACCAAACCACGAUAUGGAAGUAGCUGAAAAGGUGUUGCAUUUCACGAGUUUGACCAUCCUCUCCUUCUUUAUGGUUGAGAUCAUUACCAAAAUCUUUGCCAUGGGAAAAGAGUUUUUACAUCACAAAUUCGAAAUCUUUGACGCAGUCAUUGUCACUGUAUCUUUCUUGUUGGACGUUUUUCUUAGUUCUGGUGGUCUCAAAGAUGGUGUAGAGUUCCUCAUUUUACUUCGUUUGUGGAGAAUCACCAGAAUCAUAAAUGGGAUUAUUGUCUCCAUAAAAACACGUGCGGAAGAAAGGGAGGAAAAACUUAGAAAAGAAAAAGACGAAGUGAUGGAGAGAUGCAAUCAACUUGAAUUAACAGUGGAAGUUCAAAAGAAAAAAAUUGAAUAUCUCAAGCAACGGUUAUUAUCUGCUAGUAUAGAUGUAACAGCGAUCAUUGAGGACGAGGCAGUAUACAAUGAAAAUGAGUCAUGAUUUCGAGUUACUCGUAUUGCACGUGAUUCGUCGGCGGGGGUACUUCUUCCCUCAACUUUUGCAGCCAAGUUUAAAUUAGAUUUUUUUAAUCCUAAAAUUGAUU